AUGUUAGCCCUGCACAAGACCGCAAACCUGGACCCGCAUGUGGAUGCCGACGUGGUGCCAUCGGUUGGCGUGGACAUCAACACCUUCCCAAUAGACAAAAACCGCAACAUGGUGUGCAAGGAGGUGGGUGGUGCGAUGAUGCCACUGUGGCCGAUGUACCUAAAGGACUGUGCAGGAAUAGUGUACGUGGUAGAUGCAUCUGAUUCUUUCCAGCUGGGAGCUUCGGCCGCGGCUCUACGCCACAUACUCUCUCUACCUGCGAUAAGGGGUAAGCCAGUGCUGCUGGUGCUGAACAAGUCUGACGCACCUUGCUUAGUGUCGAUGGAAGAUCUGGAGGCCACGUUCGAUAUCGACAGCCUCAGGGAGGAGACUGGGGACACCAUGGUUGUGAUAAAAACGAGCGCACUCAGCGGCGAGAAUAUUGAAAAGGUGCUGGGUUGGAUGAAAAGCAUAUACAGGCUUGGGUAG